GAAUGUGAAGACUCUUUCUUGUGAUGGUGGGAAUAGGCAGGGUGGUGCCAGUCAGCCAAGACUAAAAGGGGAGUAAAACCUCUUGGCACCACCUUAUUGAAGAAUAGACCAUGACUCGAGAUGAAGGGCUGCCAGACUCCCACUCUGCCCAGGGGUUCUAUGAGAAAUAUGAACCCAAGGAGAUCCUGGGGAGGGGUGUGAGCAGUGUAGUGAGACGCUGUAUCCACAAGCUGACCAGGAAGGAGUAUGCCGUGAAGAUUAUCGAUAUCACUGCUGGCAACCUAAAUCCGGAGGAGAUUCAGGAACUGCGGGAAGCCACCAUCAAGGAGAUCGACAUCUUGCGCAAGGUCUCCGGGCACCCCAACGUCAUCCAGCUGAAGGACACUUACGAGACCAACACUUUCUUCUUCCUGGUGUUUGACCUGAUGAAGAGAGGCGAGCUCUUUGACUACCUCACUGAAAAAGUCACCUUGAGUGAGAAAGAAACCAGGAAGAUCAUGCGAGCCCUGCUAGAGGUUAUCUGCUACCUGCACAAGCUGGACAUUGUACACCGAGACCUGAAGCCAGAAAACAUCCUCCUAGAUGAUGAUAUGAAUAUCAAACUCACUGACUUUGGCUUCUCCUGCCAGCUGGACCCUGGAGAGAAGCUUCGAGAGGUGUGUGGGACUCCAAGUUACUUGGCCCCUGAGAUCCUCGAGUGCUCCAUGAAUGACAGCCACCCUGGUUACGGGAAAGAAGUAGACAUGUGGAGCACAGGUGUGAUCAUGUACACCCUCCUGGCUGGCUCUCCCCCUUUCUGGCACCGCAAGCAGAUGCUGAUGUUAAGAAUGAUCAUGAGUGGCAACUACCAGUUUGGUUCCCCAGAAUGGGAUGACCGAUCAGACACUGUAAAGGACCUUAUCUCUCGCCUCCUGGUCCUGAGCCCGCAGCAACGGUGUACAGCUGAGGAAGCCCUGGCUCACCCCUUUUUCCAGCAAUACGUGGUCCAGGAAGUCCGUCACUUCAGCCCCAGGGGCAAGUUCAAGGUGAUUGCCUUGACUGUGCUCGCCUCCGUCCGAGUCUACUACCAAUACCGGCGCAUGAAGCCAGUGACUCGAGAGAUUGUACUCCGAGACCCCUAUGCGCUGAGACCACUGAGGAAGCUCAUCGACGCCUGUGCCUUCCGCAUCUAUGGCCACUGGGUGAAGAAGGGCCAGCAACAGAACCGGGCUGCGCUCUUCGAGAACACUCCCAAGGCUGUGCUCCUCUCCCUGGUUGAGGAAGAAGGAUUCUGAGUGCCUCUGGAGCCCAAACCCCAGGGCCGUCUGCCACCGGCUGGGUGACUUUGGCUGAGUUACUUGCCUUCUCUGGGCCCUGGAAGUUCCUCGGGGCUCCCUGCUUCUCCCAGGCUUCCCCAGGGAUUUGGAGGUGUGGAGUAGAGCCCAAGGAGGCAAUUGAGUCUUUGCUGAAGGGCACCCACUAGAGAUGCCCCUUGUGCUGGCUUGAAUUUCCUCCUUGUUGAGUCUCACUGUUGGGGAUGGGAAGCAGGAUGUCCCCCUGGCCACUAAUUAGGAGCUCAAUCUCAAGAUGGAGGGCAAGAGCAAAAGGGGGGUCAAGCUGGAAAUGGGAGUCUCAGCCUUCUGCUCAGACCUCUCUGAGAAGCCCAGGCCCUUUGCCCACCUCCGUCCUGCCAGACAGCAUACAGUAAUAGAAAAUGUCCUGGAUUAGGAGUCUGGAAAACUCACUUCUAGUCUAGAUUCUGCUUCUGACUAGUUUUGUGCCCUGGGGCCAGUCACUGCCCAAUUCUGAAUCUCAGCUUUCCUCAACAGCCAAAUGAGGGUUUGACACAAUGGCACUAGGAGUUCCCUGAGAAAAUGUCAGUGCUCCUGCUGUUUCCCUCUUUCAUAUGUGAUAGCCAGAGCUAGAAUAUGAAAUAUGUGUCUGAAAACUAAUAUUACAUAUCAGAAAGAUUAAUUGUUUUUUUUCUUUUUUUGUAAAAAGAGGCUUCAUUUAAUCUGUUCUGCUCUAAAAUGUUCCUGACAUCCUUGGCCACCCCUUUAUUCUCAGAGAAUGUUUCAGAGUCUCAGAUCCUAUUCCUUCCACACAUUGAAACAUUAAUUUUGGGGUUUGACAAUCAAUAUCGAGGCUCAGAUUCGAAAAUUGUUGCUAAAUUAGUUUGAGAAAUUUUGCAUUCUGUGGUAUCCACUGUUCAUCCUAUUUCUGACCACCUGUGAUGAUUGCCCACGGGCUUUCAGAUUCUUUAUCCAAUAGGCAGGUGACCCUGCAGUCAAUAUUGAGGGCUUGGUUUCCUUGAGUUGGUGGUGGUCCUCGUCCCAUAGGCCUGGAUCAAUCAUUGCUCUUCCCACAGAGGACCCGAGUGGGAGUGCUGGUGAGGUGAUAGAUGGGCUAGAAGGAGGGACCGUAGUUGUGGUGGAGGGCGUAGCCCCAUCUGUCCUUGAGGUUCUGUUAGCAGAGAGUUCUGGUAGACCAUAAGGACAGAGGCCACAGUGGUUUCUUGUCUUGUCUCUUGGCAAUUGUUCACCGCUUUCCAAGUAGAGAGUCUGGUUGACAUCAUGGCAGAACCCCAAGUGGUCCAAGGCAGUCUAUAGUAGAACCUCUCUGUCAUCAACUGGGUGAAUGAGUCAGGACCUGGGACAGCACUUCCACACAAACCCUUGAUGUCCCCAUACUCUGAGGCUGAGGGAGGAAAUCAGGAAGGUGAUGGCUUUUUUGAUUUAUCCUCAUCUUGAAGCUCAUCCUAGAGUCAAAGUCGUUUUGAUGAUUUUAUAAACAAAAUUAUAUACUCUUGGGUAAACUACUUCCUUUUGGUGAGCCUUAGUUUCCUCUUUUGUAAAAUGGUGAUGGUGGACGAGGUAAUCUCAAAGUUUCCUUCCAUCCUGAAGAUUCUAAAGUUCACAUGUACCAGAACCAGGGUUUGGUCUAUAAUGGAACAGACCAGACCAGAGAUGACUCCGGCGUAGGCCCUCAUCAUCACUUCAUGCCUCUACCAUUGUGUCAGCUUGCUGGUUGGUAUCUCUGCCUCAACUCUCUUCCCUCUCUAGUCUUCUCCUCUUAGCCAUCAAAUUGCUAGUCUGACAAUGUUAUCAUACUAUUCCCUAAAAGUCAAUGGCUCCCCAUUGCCUCCAGUAUCAAAUAUAAAAUCCUCUCUUUGGCUUAUAAAGUCCCGGGCAAACUGCCUCCUUACCUUUGGAGGACUCUUACACCUUACAUCCCCCUCCUCCACGAACCAGUGACAUCUCUUUGCUCUUCCUGGCUGGCCUAGAACUUCCUUCAUCUUCAUGUCCACCUUCUUGGUUCCCUUAAAGUCUCAGCUAAAGUUCCAUCUUCUGCAAGAAGUCACUUCUGGUCCCCCUCAAUACCGGUGCCUUCCCUCUGUUGAUUAUCUGCAAUUUGCCCUGUACAGUGUGUCCCAAAAGACUUUGAGCAGUUUUAAGCUUCAGUAGUUUAGGACCAAGUUAAGGCUUUUGGGGUACCCCGUGUAUAAACACACCCUUUUUAUUUGGUGGUUUGCAUGUUGACUUCCAAAUUAAAUUGUGAGCUCUUUGAGAACAGGGACUGCCUUUUGACUUUCUUGGUAUCCCCAGAACUUAAACAGUAGGCACUUAAUUAAUUACUAGUUGGAGUCAGGGAGAGGAGAUGUGGGUUUGAAUCCUACUUCCAACACUGACCAGCCUGGAUGAUCGUGGGUAAAAGUUCCUCGUCUUUCUGCAUCUUGGCUUUCUCUAAAGUAGAAUGAUGAUAGCACCCAUAAUUCCUCCCCUUCCAGGCUUGGCAGGAGACUUACAGGAGAGCACAGAUCCAGAGCUAAAAGGGUCCUCUGAGACCAUCUGAUCAGUGGGGUUCUCUAAGUGGGGUCCUCAGACCCCUGAGGUCUUUGAAGUCAAAACUAUUUCCAUACUAAUACUAAGCUGUUAUUUGCCCGUUAAGAUGCUCCUCCCAUGUCAAGCUGUACUUCUGGGAGAAGCCAGAUUUUCUGCACAUCCUUCAAUUGGAAUCACAUACCACAACUUCUUGCAAACACAGUAAGAGUGAAUGAACAGGCAGAUAAGAGAAUCCAGCUGUCCUCGAUGAAGCCAGAUACUAAAGAGAUUUGCAAAAAAAUGUGUAAAACAAUGCCACUCUGCUCGCUAGAUUUUUUUUGUUUCGGAAGAUAGAAUUAUUUUUCAUAAAAAUAUGUUCUGUUAACAUAUAAUGGUUUUC